UCCUUCACCAUUGUCGAUCAUUACAGUGAUAGAUCUCAUCUCAAUUUCACAGUAACAAUGGAAGGUGAAUUGCCAAGCGUAAAGAAGUGGAUUGUGUUGUAUCCUGUUUAUAUAAAUUCCAAAAAGACUGUAGCUGAAGGAAGACGAAUCGGCAUCUCCAAAUCAUGCGAAAACCCUACUUGUGUAGAAAUUGGGGAUUGUUGCAAUUAUCUUAAACUUCCUUUUGCGAUCGAGAUAGAUAAGGCUUAUCCUCGUGAUUUUAUGCAAAGAGGGAGAGUUAGGGUUUUGCUGAAAAAGGAAGAUGGGACUCUCAUUAAUCCGGCCAUUUCUUCCAGAAAGCAACUAAUGUUAUCCAUUGCUGAGAUGGUCCCUAGACAUCAUGGAAGAACCAAGAAGCAGGAGACCGCAUCAGCAUCAACUACAACUGCUGGGCCUUCCAACAAAUCUGGGAAAGGUGGGAAAAAAAGAAGAUAAUUAUGUGUUUGAAACAUUGUCUUCACAUUUUGAUACCAGUGUCAUUCUGAGUAUAUUAUUCAUUACAGUUGGAAAUGUUCAUCCUAACUUGAUUGAAAUUUUACCAAACUUGUUUAUUGGAAAUGAUUUGUGCUUAGGAUGUAAGUUGUAACAUCAUGCUUAGAAGACUUCUUUUUAUA